AUGGCAGCCCUUCAGCGGAUGACCCGGAAAUUAUCCGAAGAGCGCGCCUCCGGUCUGGCCAAAGAAGCCCUCGAAUUAUCCUUGUCGGGCGACAAGGCGCAAGCGUCUCGAAAACUACGAGAGGCGGCAGCCCUGGGCCACGACAAUCCAGACGUUCAAGCCGCUUUUUUGGCUAUUCACAACGAUCAGCUUGGUUCGCCGCUCCGUGAUCUGUGCCGGAGAUACGCCUUGUACCACGACAACACCGCCGGAGACGAGGCGGUGAAUUAUUUGAAAAGUUCCGAUGCCUCCAAUGCCGCUCCUGUUGCGCUCGAAUGUCUACAGAUUGUUCUCGAGAGUCUGCCCACCACCCUCUCAUCUGCCCAGGAUUUCAUCAUAGCCGAGCUCGCCAGGCAAAGUCAGCCCGUACGCCAAUAUUUUGCCUCGGAGCUCCAGGUAUCGACAACAGAAUUCUUUGAGAACGUCUAUGAACGUGGCGAUGAUGCUGCGAACUGCCUCCGCACCAUCGUCCUUGACGGCACGCUGUGGCGGUCGGAAGAUGACCGACUCCGCGUCGAAGAUGAUCUCUUCCAGCUCUUUCUCGCCAAGUUGAUGGAGACGGGCCAUGACCAUGAUGGUCGCGCCCUGAAAGGCAUCGCACUUUUGUUGAUCGCCGAUACCCAGCGACUACAUACCUUUAUUGACGGUGAAGCUUUCGAGGCUCUAAUGGGCUCGCUCGACCUCAGAUUACCUGCUGAAGUCCGAGGGCAAGCCACGCUCGUCCUCUCCAAGUUCUUUGAAGUUGCAGACAGCACCGGCCAAGACUUUCUGUACACCUACAUUCGAAAGCACGUUCAGAGACAAAAGGGUGAUGAUCUCGUGCUGGCAUUUUCCGCUAGUGCACACCUGUUCCCCGUCGUGCCUACCAUGAUGGCCCAGCUGUUCUUGACUGAAGGUUUCCUGUCAUCCAUCAUGCCACUUCUGGACAGGCAAUUUAGCAAUCCUAUAGUCCACGAUGCCUUUCUCAUGCUGGUCAACGCUGCCUGUUUGGACGGGGCCUGUCGCACGGCCAUUGCACAAUACUGUACCUCCUGGCUCGCUCAUAAAGUCAGCAAUGGGUCUGGAAAGCAACCUUCGCUCGCAGCCACGGUUUUGGCAAAACUGAGAACAUCUGGUGCCAGGGCGGGGGACCAGAGAGCCAACCAGGCGGAUGAAGAUGUCAGUGAACUUGUUGAUCUUUUCAAAUCUACUCUUGUCGUUGAAGAAGGAAGAAAUGUAUCUGACUCGAUUGAAGGCCUUGCGUACACAUCUUUGAAACCCGAGGUUAAGGAAUCCCUUGCCAAAGAUGCGGCUUUUUUGAAAUCUCUACUCGACACGUUGAACUCCUCUCACGAUUCACCCGAAGUGGUUGUCGGUGGAUUAAGCAUCAUCUCAAACUUGACCCAAUAUGCCCCGACUUUGUCCGAGGAACAGAAAAGAAUAUCACAAUUGAAAGCCUACGCUAAUGCCACAAAACCUGCCGAUCCUAGUCCUCUCGAGAACGAGGACCAUGUACGAGCACGUUGCUCUGCGGUGGUUGAAGCAGGGGUGGUCACGACCUUGGUCAAACUCAACAAACGCCGUUCGCCCGCUACAUCCCAACUGACGGAUCGCAUAUUACUGUCCUUGUCCAAGAAUUCCAAAGACAGAGGGAAAAUCGCUCAGGAGGGUGCGCUAAAGCUCUUGAUCCUGCACGCCCAAAAGAAUUUGGAGUCUCCAGAAAACCACAACGCAAGUACCGACGCCGCUCAUGCUCUGGCACGAGUAUUGAUAUCGCUCAAUCCAUCGCACGUCUUUGUGGCAGGCUCAACGCCACACGUUACAGAUGCUGUGAUACCGCUUGUGGCACUACUGAAGACACCACGCGGCCAGCCUUUCAGUAGUGAUAACCCACGAGAUCUUCUGGCUGUGUUUGAAAGCUUACUUGCCCUUACCAAUCUCGCAUCAGCCCCGGAACCCAGCGCGGCAAACAGCAUCAUCAAAACUGCCUGGGACGAGAUCGAGGAGUUGUUGCUAGGAAACAAUAGCAUGAUUCGACGAGCCGCAUGCGAGUUGAUCUGCAACUUGACGGUCCAUCCCGCCUGUGCCGAGAAGUUUGCCGACGGGUCGAAUCGCGCAGGUCAACGGCUCCAUUUGCUCAUAGCCAUGGCCGACGUGGACGAUAUGCCCACGAGGAGAGCGGCCAGCGGUGCAUUGGCCAUGUUGACUGAAGAGUAUUCGUCCGUGGUUGCGGGACUUCUGGAGUUUGACCGCUCGCCUGAAAUCCUGUUGGAUCUGUGCCAGGAUGACGACGCGGGUGUCAUCCACAGGGGUCUCGUGGCCGUGAGGAAUAUGGUGUUGUGCGAAGAUGAGGAGGACAAGACGCUUUCCACCAGGGCGAGAAACGCAUUCAAACGACAUGAUGCUGUCGAGAAGUUGAAAGCGUGCCUGAAAAAGACCGAGGAUCCGACCUUGUUACAAAUUGGCGUUGAAGCACUCAAAUCUCUCGUUGAGUGA